AGAACCUCGGCUCGAAGGACGGGGCUGCCUUUUAAAAAGGCCGGCCCUUCCUGCGGGCGAUGGGCAGAUCUCGGGAGACGCAGACAUCGUUCGCGGCCUCGGCCUCCGCUCGGGGCGGGGCCGCCAGCCGCUCGGCCACGUGCCCGCCCUACCUGGCCGAGCUGGGGCUGCGCAGAAAGUCGAGCCAGGUCAGCCUGCGCGACCGGGUGAGCUGGGCCUGGGGCGCCAGCUCCGCCGCCGACUUCGGGCGCCUCGCGGCGCCCAGCGCCCGCGGCCGCGACGGCCGCGAGCGGCCGCGGAGCUCGGCGGCGGCGACACGCGCGGCGGUGGUCACACAGAUCUUGGGCGGCGGCUUCCCUCGGUCCAUGGCGACCAUCCGCUUCCCCAGCGACACCGGGGCGUCCUGGGCCAAGACCAAGCCGAGCGCUUCGAACGUCCGCGUGGUGUCGAUGGAGCGCCUGGCGGCUUUGGCGGAGCCCAAGAAUAGGAAGCCCUGGAACGAGGUGAAGGACGCGGAGAAGACUUCCUUCGGGAGGAUAGAGAAGCUGACGGCGAAGGGUGAGCCGACCCCGCUCAAGUCAGAGAAGCCGAAGAAGUCGCAGUCGUCAUCCAAAGAACCGAUGGAGGAAACCGAUCGACAUGUGAGCAUUGCAAAAACUGACAAGUCGGACCAGGAGGGAUUGUCUCCCUCACGCGCCAAGACUGACAGAUCCGACCAUGCAGUAUCGCCUGUGAGCCGAGCAAGAACUGACAAGUCUGAGUACGAUUUCGAGGAGUACUCGCCCACAAACGCCAACACAGAGCACUCUGAUGUUGGCAAGUCUCCGGUGAGCCGGGCAAGAACUGACAAGUCGGACCAGGAAGCAUUUUCUCCCUCACGCGCCAAGACUGACAGAUCCGCAGUAUCACCAGUGAGCAGGGCGCGAACUGACAAGUCGGAGUACGAUUUCGAGGAGUACUCGCCCACAAACGCCAACACAGAGCACUCUGAUGCUGGCAAGUCUCCGGUGAGCCUGGCAAGAACUGACAAGUCGCACCAGGAAGGACUUUCUCCCUCACGCGCCAAGACUGACAGAUCCGCAGUAUCACCAGUGAGCAGGGCGCGAACUGACAAGUCGGAGUACGAUUUCGAGGAGUACUCGCCCACAAACGCCAACACAGAGCACUCUGAUGUUGGCAAGUCUCCGGUGAGCCGGGCAAGAACCGACAAGUCAGAUCAGGAAGGGUUUUCUCCCUCGCGCGCCAAGACUGACAGAUCCGCAGUAUCACCAGUGAGCAGGGCGAGAACUGACAAGUCGGAGUACGAUUUCGAGGAGUACUCGCCCACAAAUGCCAACACAGAGCACUCUGAUGUUGGCAAGUCUCCGGUGAGCCGGGCAAGAACUGACAAGUCGGACUACGAGUUCGAGGAGUCUCCUACACAUCACAAAGCCGGAAUACCUGACCCUGCAUCUCCUGUGAGCCCUGCCAAAACCGACAAGUCAGAAUAUGAGUUUGAGGAUAUGUCCCCCACAAAUUCGACCUUGGGGAGUUGAUCAACCCGGCAAGGAUUUAUUGCCGGCUGCAUGCAAGCUUUUCUUUGGCGUCAGCCCAGUUUCCGGGCUGAUGUGGUAGCUUUCUAAUCCUGCGGAUGUUUUUUGCACCCCAGAGGGCCUGCAGCACAUACUUGCAGAUUUGGUAGAUCUGGUUGGCACAUCUCCGCAACCCAAAACCGAAGAUCUGGAGUUUGCUACCCCCUGGGUUGCCUGGGUUAGCGGGGUCUUGAGACAACACCCGGUCACCCGCCUUUCGGUUGACCUCCAACGGCUUAGCAGAACCGGGCCGUCGGGAAGGUCUCCCUUUGGAAACCCAGGCGACGAAGUGGACAGUUUUUGAAGAAGCAGGGGCUGGUCGGAAGCCGCCGCGAAUCCGCCCCGAAGCACUGGAAAGGAGGGUACACAUAUGAGCGGCAGCCCCUUAGGUUUGCCCGAGGGAAAAAGCAGAAAGUGUCUGACCGGAAUCUGCCUCAUAUCUUGGACAAAGAAAAGCGGGC